UUUGUGUUACGGGAUUCCAAUCGUUCGCCGACCUUUAUUUACCGGCUGUCGGUACGGAACGCUGCAGUGCAUAUUCAGCACGCACAAGAAUUCGUGGGUAAUUGCGAGUCUGUAGUUAGGGUUAAAGUCGACUUUGUAUGGUGAGCCAAACUGCCGGUGCUCUGUCGCAGCAUUCUGCAGGCGAAGAAUUGUUCUGUUUGCCUUGCGAAGACAUCACUACUGAUACUUUCUGACGGAUUUGGGCUGCUUCAGCUAGCUUUCUAGCACAACGUUAGAGCGUGCAAUGAAUCCUCGAGGCUACCCACCAACUCAGGGUAUGGGUCCUGGUGGGCCCAUGGUACCGGUUCCUCAAGGAGGUGGACCUCCCCCACCUGGUGGGGGCAUGCAUCCAUCAGCGGGCAUGCAGUCUGGUCCAAUGCCUCCGGGACCAGUUCCGCCAGGUCCAAUGCAAGGUGGGCCAAUGCCUUCCGUCCCAAUGCCCACGGUACCCAUGCCUUCUGGACCAAUGCCCACGGUACCCAUGCCUUCUGGACCAAUGCCACCGCAGUCAGUACCCAAUGUACCUCCCUCUGGUGGUGGAAUGGCCCCUUCACCAAUGGGAGGGCAUCCUCAACCUGGCAUGCCCGUACAAGGAGGUCCGGCACAGAUGCGUCCACCACCAGACCGCUCCAUGCCACCACACGGGCCGGCGCCCAAUUCUAGACCGUACCCAGUCGCCGGGUACCAGGGUCCCCGCCCAACGGGGUAUGGAGGAAGCGGGAGUGGGCCACAGUCCGGUGGCCCUCAAGCUGGUCCCCCAGGAAUGCAUCAGCGCAUGGGGAUGGGGCCACCUGGAGGCCCCUACGGGGGCCCACCACCUCCUGGGAGGAUGCCGGGUGGCCCCCCUAUGGGAGGACCCAUGGAGAGUCGCAAGCGGCCUGCUCCGUCGGAUCGCAUGUCCGACAGCCGAACGCCUCCUACAAGUAAAGGGAUGGGACCCGGAGGAGGCGGAGCGGGCAGCGGGACACCACCGUCUUCAGCUUCCCAAUCUGUUGGAGGAGGAGCAGGUGGCAUGGGAGGACCUAAUCCUGGAGGGGCACCAGGGGGUGGUGGAGGGCCGAAGAAGAAGAAGAAGCUGGCAGACAAGAUCCUGCCCCAGAGGGUCAGAGAUCUUGUCCCGGAGUCCCAGGCUUACAUGGACCUCUUGUCCUUCGAGCGAAAGCUGGAUUUCACCAUCAUGCGAAAGAGACUCGACAUCCAGGAAGCUCUCAAGAGGCCCAUGAAGCAAAAGCGCAAGCUACGAAUCUUCAUAUCUAACACCUUCUAUCCUGGCAAGCCCGAGGGAGAAACCGGUGAGGAAGCCACUGUUCCUUCCUGGGAGCUGAGGGUGGAGGGCCGCCUUCUCGAUGACCCCAAUGCUCCAAAAUCUGACCAGAGCAAGGUGAAGCGCAAGUUUUCAUCUUUCUUCAAGAGCCUCGUCAUUGAACUGGACAAAGACUUGUAUGGCCCAGACAACCAUCUUGUUGAGUGGCAUCGCACGCCAACCACGACGGAGACCGACGGUUUCCAAGUGAAGCGUCCCGGCGACAAGAACGUGAGGUGUACCAUCUUGUUGCUCCUGGACUACCAGCCUCUUCAGUUCAAGCUAGAUCCCCGGUUAGCGCGGCUCUUGGGGAUCCAUACGCAGACGCGACCGGUGAUCAUAGCUGCCCUGUGGCAGUACGUCAAGACCCACAAACUGCAGGACACGCACGAGAGGGAGUUCAUCAACUGCGACAAAUACCUCGAGCAGAUAUUCCAGUGCCAACGGAUGAAGUUUGCGGAGAUCCCCCAGAGGUUGCACCAGCUUCUUCAUCCUCCGGAUCCGAUUGUCAUUAAUCAUGUCAUCAGUGUUGAAGGGCCGGACACAAAGAAAACGGCGUGCUACGACAUAGAUGUCGAAGUGGACGACCCACUGAAAUCUCAGAUGAACAACUUCAUUCUUUCUACGGCUAAUCAGCAGGAGAUACAAGCGCUCGACAACAAGAUCCAUGAAACUGUGGAGACUAUCAACCAGCUGAAGACAAACAGGGAGUUUUUCCUCAGCUUUGCAAAGGACCCACAGCAGUUCAUCAACAAGUGGCUGGUUUCUCAGAUGCGAGAUCUGAAGACCAUGACAGACGUGGUUGGAAACCCCGAAGAAGAACGCCGCUCGGACUUUUACUAUCAGCGGUGGGCGCAAGAGGCGGUAUGCCGUUACUUCUACGGUAAAGUGCAGCAGCGCCGUGCAGAACUCGAACAGGCUCUCGGAAUUCGCAACAACUGAGCAUAGUGCACCACUUUUUUUUUUCAAAUUUUUUAAAUCGCAUUUAGGAGAAACUGCCCAAUGAAUUAUCAUCACUUCACUUUCAGUGCAGCAUUUACGAGACUGCUAUGCGAUUCAACGAAUGAUCAGAAUCAGUACAUCUAUUUAUUCGUUCCAACAUUCGACGUUGGUGGUCAGUUUUUUUUGUUUUGUCUCCGUUUUUUGCGUUACCUGCCAAUGCGAGUUUUCACUCGCAAGUAAGAAUCAACAGGCUCUUUAUUUUCCCAAGUGUUCUCUGCCAAGAUUGUACCUUGAAUGUUACAUGUGAGUAAAUGGUGUUAUAGAUAUGAAAUGUUAUCUACUGGUCAGAGGCAGGAGCCGAGCGUGUACGAGUGUGUGCAUGUUCCGCGAUAAUGCGAUAAGAAAAACAACUUUCUAUGUUUCCAUUGAUUGAGAUUGCAUUUGUCAUUUGUACAUCUCAUUUAUUAAAACAUAAUCAUCUCCAUAAA